CAGUGGAAAGCCUAUUUCCUAUGCUCGCUUUUCGCCCAGCUGGAGCGGAGCCUAUUUUUUGUUUUGCACGUGUCCCAUCAAUAUCGCUGGAUUUCUAUCGCUGGAUCUUCCAAAAAAUUGCAUAUUUUAAGAUUUACUGGACGUUUAUUUUCAGAUAUUGUGUUGGCGUAGGAAUUUUAAAGUGGGGCAAUGAGAGCAGAUACGUAGUUAUCAAGCUAGCGGUGGCUAGCCUAGCCACAUGGUGCACAGUAACUAGCUAGGAGAACAUGCCCAGACCUGUCACACAAGGCCGAUAGGUUGCGAUUGUUUCAGACAUGGAUUACACAUUUCCACAGAAACUUUUCCCGGUUUAUUUCAACUCUGGGCCUCCCAGUUCUACGUUUAGACAUAACGUCGGAGGCUGGGGUUCGUAUGGUCAAGUGUUGGAAGUAAACGUCGCUCCACACGAGAAAGGCGCUAGUCUACCAAAAGUAGCGUGGAAGUUCGAAUCUCAACACCAAGUGACGGGAGAGACAUGGGUGCCAACGGAACCUAUUGCAAUACCACUUCUGAGACCAAAAAUAGCCAGCAAAUGGUCAUCAACCGCUCUCUCUGAUCCUUUGGACUUUUCAGAGCAUAUGCAGAACUUCUACCAGUAUAACCCCAAGGAUGCGUUUUACACAAUGAGCCAUCUCCUAGGGGAGAAAUUCCACUUUGGACAGGGGAAGAGAAAGGGAAGUGAAAGAAAGGCUGUUCACAUGUGGCAGACGGAGCACUUCAUGCAAACAUUGAAAUACAAAAAGUGCGAGUUGACUCAUAUGGGACGGCAGGCCAAAAGGUACAACAACUUGCUCUCAGAUGUGAUCCAUGACAUCCCUCCGGCCCUGCUAGCUGAUCUCCUCCAUGAGGAGCUGACCUAUCAGAGGGAGCAGGAGCAGUUCUCUGAACACGCCACAGGGGGCGCCAUAGGGUACGUUUCCUUUACCAACACCAGUACCUCUCAGCAAGGCUGUCUGGUGUACCCUGGGAAACCUGGCCUCAACAACCUUAACUUCCACAGGGUAAUACUUGAGUUCCAAGAAGGGAAGCCUCCAUGUUUUGAUGUGAGCCACAAGCCUCUCUCAGUCCAGCUCAAUGGUACAAUCAGACAGAUCACCAUCGGCCUUCAGCAGGAUGAAUGCCACGUUGGGGUGCGCUCUGACCACCUGUGUGGUGUCUGGAAGGUCAGUGAGAAGAACGUGCCUAAGACUCUGGAGGUCAUUCAGACCAAGCAGCCUGCUACGUGCCUCAGUGCCAGUCCCCAUGUUCAGGGAGAGCUUCUGGUGGCCAGUGAGAGUGGAGCUGCCUAUCUAUGGACGGUGGGGAAAGGUUUGCAGAAGUUUCGUCAGGAGGACAGUAACCUGUACUUCAAUUCUAAGUCGUCGUGGAGAUGGUGUGACUUCUCUGGCCACCCCAGGGUGAUGGUGUAUGCUGACCGGACAGGUGUGGAGCUCACUGAUAUCAGGACCAAAGACUGUUGUAGUCACACGCUGUUUCGUAUCUGCCAAACCCCAGACUGUAAGAGUGGAGAGAGAGUCAUCCUGUCCAAUUACCUGAGAGAGGUCCACACCUUCCACCACCUCGUCAUCACACAGCACACUGCGUACGUCAUGGAUGAGCGCUUCCCCUGCCUCCCCAUGAUCCAGUGGGAUCACAUGAUGGAGCAUCCUCCCAUGUUUGCCCAGGUCGUGGCGGGGUUGCCGUCAGGGGGCGGGACUACUAAAGUGCUGCUGGGCUCUCAGCGAUCACAGGAAGUGAUCCUGCUACAGUACUCAGGUGGUAGGGAGAAUGCCUGCGUCACCAGAGGCCCACCUCAGGCCCUGCUCAGCCCCAGAGACAGCCUGGGACACCUGCCUGUCCAACUCCCCCACAGACAGCACCAGGCCCAGGACAGACUAGCCAAGCCUGCUUCUGGUCUUGCGGUCAUCCAUCAGAGCCAAGGUAAGGAGGAGUGUAUCUGUGUGCUGCAACUCACUGGGGCCGGAGACAUCUUUUACCACACGCUAAGGUCCCAGACCGAGUCCUUCAGUAAAGAGGACCCACCAGCACCAACCCAGAACUCUGUGGGACCUGAGGGACGUAGCGGAGCUGUGCAGAGAUUAAAAGAACCAGUUGAAACAUUAAGGAAACAGUUGCAUCAAACGUUAGAAACGUCAAGAGGCAGAGCCCUAGAUGAGACAUGGUAUUCCUCAGGACCCCCGUCUCCUGCGGAUGACUCUGGGUUCGAAGGAAGGGGGCAGCCGUGGGACAUGGCUGGGCUGGAGGUGGUUAUCAAUGACCCUCAUGACGACCCGUACCUGUCGCUAGAGACAAACACAGGAUUAACCGACACUCAGGAAACCGCUGCUACUGUUCCACCACCUACAGCCCAGUCUUUGGACACUACUGUUAAUACUAACCCCGUCAGACCAAGGCCGAAGGCUAAAGUCAGUGACGAGGCUCUGUUGGUUUGGAGGAAGUGGUUCCUCAAACUGUUCAAGAGCCCCAAGAAGCGCCGCAAUCUCCCACACAGGACCAUAAAAACCAAGGGUCUUCUACACGACGACAACCUUCAGAGAGACCCGUUGGAAGACGACCGUCUUCGGAGCCUGAGGAAGGACCUGAGGGAGACCAUGAGGAAUGGAAAUGUUCUCGUCCACAGGAACACCUAUCUCAAACCCCUGGCUCUGGUGCCUGUCCCGGCGCCCGUGGAACCCUCUGAGUGGGCUGAUGCGCUGAGCGAGAGGAUGAGCGUGUCGUGGGAACCUGGGCUGGGGGGAUGGAGGCACUGGUGGGAGGAGAGGCUGGGGCUGAACCGAGAGGAGAAGGUGGAAGCUCUGCGGAGGAAGAGGAGGAGGCAGAAACAGGCAAAGGGUCACAGUCGUAUCGACCUAUCAGGCAGCUUCACCUCGUCCGUCAGCUACCAAUCAGACCUGGACAGCGCCUCUCUCUCCGGUUGGUCGUCUGCAGCCAGUCAGGGCGCCAGCUCCGACGUAGACAGUGUGGCUACAAGCUGCUACUACACCAAGUGGGAUGUCCUCUCUGAGCCGGGGACACCGAGGGCUUUCACACCUACGCCACAGAAACAGACCAGUAUUUCACAACCCACAACACCUCAUAGGGAGUUUGGUAGUGGUUCAAUACCUACUACACCACUGGAGCAGCUUAGUAGUUUCUUCUCCCAGCCAACAAUCCCCCAUACACAAUUCAGUAGUAGUUCACAGCCAACUAUCCCCCAUACACAGUUCACUAGAUCUGAGCCACUGUUUACACCCCAAAAACAGCCCACCGUUGGUCGUAUAUCGCCCUGGACAACAGUAGGUUCUGACGCCACCUCGACGGCCAUUUUGAGAACGGCGGUGGCAUCCCAGAAGAAGCCCAAGCCACAGAAUCAGGAUUAUUUAAGUUCUCUCUUUGGAUCCCAGGAGCCUGCGGAGGCCUCACAGGGGGGAGGGUUUAAUGAGAGAAGCCAUAGUACUCCUUUGGCCACCUCUUCUCAGCUGUCCUCCAUCUCUACCUCACAGAGGAACCCUAAAGUGGGACUAACCUCCUCACAACUCAAAAGAAAGAAGUCUCGCAUGGGUUUCUGAUCUUAGUGUUGGUGGAUGUAGCCUCACCAACAACAGUUAUUUUCAAACGAGAUGAUGGAACUAUGGCAAGGGAUCUUGUUUAACCUUUGUUUUUUGUUUUGUUAGGUUGAUUUCAUGUGUUUUGUGACAGGACUGUGACGUUUGAAUUGGCUGUUGAGAGAUUUCUGGGAUAUUCUAGAAACCAAUAGCAUCAGUCAGGGAAUAUUUUUUUUUUUGUACAAAAAUAAAGAUGUAUUCAUUAAUAUUGUUCUAGGCCAUCACUAAUCUCUGACUGAAGCAGGUUUGGUUGAGUGACUUCAUGUGUUAUGGGCCAGUACUGAAGUGCGAAUUGGCUACCGACUUCUGGUCAUAAGACAUUUGGAAUCUCUAGGCCUAGAACACCACUCAAUGUUUUUGCAAUAUCUGUAAAAUUCUAAAGCAUCACUCAGUGUACAGGCAUAAUCUGACUGAAGCAAAACAUUUCAUUUCAAAUAAGGAUUUUUGAUAGUCAGUAGUCAAAGACAAAGACCAGAGAUUCAGAUGUCAAAAUAGUAUUUUUUUUGUCAUACACGUGGCAAAAAAUUAUAAAUAAGUUAAUAUCUACAAAGGUACUAUU